AUGAGCAGCAGCAGCAAACGGAUCCAAUGCGGCAAGGCCCAGACAACUGAGUUGGGGCCCCGCCUAUCCAGCCCCGGCAUCCAAUCGGGAGUCAACCUACCCCCGUCGUCGCGUCUCGGCGACUUCGAGAACAUUUGCUGCACCGAUGCGCCGACCAUCCUUGCACAUGCGCACUUUUUUGCCUGGCGGUGCUCGGCUGUCCCCGGUGUCUCCUCGGAGCGUGACCCCAUUCGAGCCAUCACAGAGAUGGUGACUACAAACGGUUUCCUAAGCGACGACGACGAAUUAUUUGUCAAUGGAGCUACCGAAGAGCCAGCUCCGUUUACCUUUCAAUCCUACCGUAGCGACGACGGCGAUUCGCCUGAUCCCUUGACCCUGGACGAAAUCGUCAAAGUUUCCCUCGUAGCCCUAAACAGCUUUGCAUCACCCCCACCAGACGAGAGCGAGUCUACGCCGACCACAGAAGGGGGGAAGACGAAUGGGGACAUUGGGACGCCCGCCGAAGAGUCUUGGAACGGCGCACGGCAUGUCGACAUCGAGGUGCAGUUACCAUGGAUACCGCCGGUGCAACGAGUCGGAUACCUGAAGUUGGAAGUGGACGACUACCGGGCCGAAGACCACGACUACUUGAGGACGAGGAGACGACGUAGGGAUGGCGAAUCCGAUUAUGCGGAGCAGUUUGGCACCCGUAAAAGGAGACGGGCUGUUGAUGCCGAUUAUGGCAACGAAGAUGAAUUCAAUGAAGACUCCGAUGAUGACAUGGAAGACGUGCACCGUCCUCGCCAGAAGGUAAGGCCAAUCGACAGCUUCUUGGAGGCUAGCAACCGCCGACGCAGCACUCGCGCGAGUACGCGAGAGAGCACACGCGCCAGCUCACAUCUCGUGUCCAGCGAGGGCGAGCACGGGGCGGAGACAAUACGGGGACGAAAUCUGCGGCCCAGAGCCAGCAUCGCUCGCAAUCUUGGCUCUCGAUACGACGAUAGAGAUGAGCUCCAAGUCUCAGACGGAGAUGCUGAUGACCCAACAUUCGCCUUUGUCCAGUCUGAUAUUGUCAAAGCCAAGAGGAGGCGCCUAAAGAGGGGCACUGCUCGAACACGGCAAUUGGCCCUCCGCCAGGCGAUCGGUGGUGACUCGGAUAUCGAGUUUGAGUCUCGACGCCGUUCAGCGCGAGCCAGCAGGUCUACUCGGCUCAUGACGGAAGGCUAUAUUGACGACGACGAUAUUUUCUACAACGAAGAAGAGAAUACCCCAGCAACAUCCAAGGUCGCUAGUGUGCGAGAGGUCUUCAAGACGGCAUCCUACGAGUUUAAGGAAGCUCAUCGGACCGUCUGUGACUCCUGCGGCUACGCCGAGGACCAUAACAAGGGGCCCAUGAUCAACUGCCAGGGCUGUUCAAACUCGUACCACAAGGGUUGCCUCGGCAACCGCAGCUCCCGCGACCACCGGGUCACCAAGGUGGCAGCUGAUUCCUUUGUGCUGCAAUGCAAGUUCUGCAUUUGCAUUUACCGGAAGAAGGAUGCCCGUGCUCCAGGUCACGACCUUUGCCAGGGCUGCCAUACAAAAGGCCAGUCCUGCGUGCCUUUCUCAGAGAGAAAGACGCCCAAGCAAGAAGAAGCCCUGCGCAAUGAGAACGAUGGCGUGGACCCCAUCACGCCUGUCGACCCAAAGCUGGUCAACAACCCAGAUAAUGUGAUGUUUCGCUGUGGCCGCUGUCAUUGUGCGUGGCACUACGAACACCUCCCUCACCCCAACAAGUCUCGCGACCCGGCCCUUGAUGACCCGCUCAACUUGCGCAAGCAUCGUCGUGAGGAGUACCAGAUCACAUGGACCUGCAAGGCUUGUCAGGACACCGAGGAGGAAAAGGUGGACAGGGUCGUCGCCUGGCGCCCACUGGACCCCAAGACUUACCACGAGGGCCAGUCCAUCACCGACUUUGGCGAAGACAGCCUCGACUAUCUCCUCAAGUGGGAAAACAAGUCAUAUAACCACUGUGUGUGGAUGCCCGGGCCCUGGUGCUACGGGGUUGUCAAGGCGGCCAUGCGGCAGGCCUUCAUCAAGCGCACUUUUGGCGACGCCUCCGAUGAGGGCAUUGACGGCGAGCGGAAGAAUACCGACUCGCUCCUCAAGUGGACAGAUAAGGAGGCCAUUCACGACGUUUGGGUCACGCCUGACAUCAUCCUCGACGUCCACUACGGGCCGAGAUCGCGCGAAGACGACAAGAAAUACAAGGCCAAGUCUGCCAAGGACAAGUUCGAAGACGAUCUGAGUCGCAUCUACCAUGUCAUCAAGAUUUAUGUCAAGUUCGAGGGCCUGGGCUACGAUGACGCCGUCUGGGACACUCCUCCGGCUCCUGAUGCGGGACCCAGGUACGACGCCUUCUGCGAGGCAUACCGCGAGUUCCUCAACGGCAAGCAUUUCCAGUCUGAGCCCUGGACCACCAUGAGAGACCGGAUCGAGGAUUUCCGCCAGCGCGACUUCCGCACCGAUAUCGAAGUCAAGGAGCAGCCCAAGGGUUUGCAGCGGGGGAAGCUCAUGCAGUACCAGCUUGACGGCCUCAACUGGAUGCUCUAUAACUUCCGGGAGGACCGCAGCGUCAUUCUCGCCGACGAGAUGGGUCUCGGCAAGACCGUCCAGGUCGUCGCCUUGCUUUCGAGCUUCAUCCAGGACAGCCCCAAGGUCUGGCCCUUUUUGAUCGUCGUCCCAAAUGCGACAUGCGCCAACUGGCGCCGCGAGAUCAAGAAGUGGGCGCCUGACCUCCGCGUCGUGGCAUACUACGGCGGAAGGGUCUCGCAAUCCCUGGCCCUGCAAUACGAGCUGUUCCCCAACGGGACGAAGACCAUGAAGGCACACGUGGUUAUCAUGUCCUACGACUCGGCCAAAGACAAUGACACGCGCCUCCGAUUCGCCAACACCAAGUGGGCCGGCUUGGUCGUCGACGAGGCACAGGCCCUCAAGAACGACGAGAAUACGCUGUACAAGGCUCUCCACGCCUUGCGCAUUCAGUUCAAGCUGCUGCUUACCGGAACGCCUCUUCAGAACAAUAAGCGUGAGCUGUUCAACCUCCUCCAGUUCAUCAACCCGUCCGUCCGAGCGGAGCGUCUCGAUGAGCAGUUUGCUCAGAUCACGUCGGAGAAUUUGCCGGAGCUGCACCGUUUGAUCCGCCCGUACUUCCUUCGCCGGACCAAGGCCGAGGUGCUUACUUUCCUGCCGCCCAUGGCCCAGAUCAUCCUGCCCGUCAGCAUGACCGUCCUGCAGGAGAGACUGUGCAAAUCCAUUCUGGAACGCAACCCCGAGCUCAUCCGGUCCGUCUUUGUGCAGGGCAAGAUGAAGGCCCACGAGAGGGGUAGUCUGAGCAACAUCCUGAUGCAGCUGCGCAAGUGCCUGUGUCACCCCUUCAUCUACAGCCAAGCCAUCGAGGACCGAACCACGUCGGCGGAGCUCACCCGGCGCAACCUGGUGGAGGCUUCAUCGAAGCUCAUGCUGCUCGAGAUUAUGCUGCCCAAGCUGAAGGAGCGCGGUCACCGCGUGCUGCUGUUCAGCCAGUUCUUGGACCAGCUCACUGUCCUCGAGGACUUUUUGGCUGGCCUGGGCCUGAGACACGAGCGCCUCGACGGCAGCCAGUCGAGCAUGGAGAAGCAGAGUAAGAUCGACGCAUUCAAUGCCCCCGACUCCGACAUCUUUGUGAUGCUGCUGUCCACGAGGGCCGGCGGCGUGGGCAUCAACUUGGCCACCGCCGACACGGUCAUCAUCCUCGAUCCCGACUGGAACCCGCACCAGGAUAUCCAAGCGCUGUCGCGUGCUCACCGCAUUGGCCAGCGCAAGAAAGUGCUCUGCUUCCAGCUCAUGACAGUGGACUCGGCCGAGGAGAAGAUCCUCCAGAUCGGCCGCAAGAAGUUGGCCCUCGACCAUCUGCUGAUCGAGACCAUGGACAACGAGGAGGAAGCGCCCAACGACGUCGAGUCUGUGCUCAAGCACGGCGCGGCUGCCCUGUUUGGCGAAGGUAAAAAGAAGGAUGCCAUCACUUACGAUUCGGCCGCAGUCGACAAGCUUUUGGACCGGUCGAUGGUAGAGGAAACCAAGACCGACGAGGACAAGUCGGCGGAAUCAGCGUUUUCCUUUGCUCGCAUCUGGGCCAACGACGAGGGCGCACUCACAGAGAAUCUGGACGAGACGGAACAGACUAUGAACCUGGGCGUCUGGGAUCAGAUCCUCGAGCAGCGCGCGGAGCAGGCCCGGCGGGAGGCGGAGCGCAACAUGGAGACGCUCGGCCGCGGAGGACGGCGCCGUGGGGCUGCCAACUAUACCGGUCCUCGGUUCGAGUUUGACGAAAACCAGGAGGCACCUGUGGCAGACAGCGAGGCCGAUGUCGACGGCGAUUUCGUCGGCAGCGACAAGAGCGGGGCCGAGUCUAGCGACGAGGAAACCGCGCGAACGGGUGAGUCUACGCCGAACGGGACUAACUCGCGUAAGGGGCAUCAAGACUCCGAGCCAGACGACAGCGAAACCGCCAGGAUCCGGCAAAUCCCCGACGACCUCGACGCCAAAGCAGCCAAGGGCCAAAAACCCACUACAGCCGCUGUCCUUCGGCCCCCGCCAGCCCAAGGCUCCCACCAAGUUGCCCAGGCAACCCAAAACGCCGGCCAGUGCUGGUUGUGCAAAGACGCAAAGUCGUUGGCCCGCCACCAAGCUGCCAUUGCAGCCUCUCGAGAUGGAACCCCAGCCGCAACCCCAGCCGCAGCCACAACAGCCGGUCACGCCCGCGGAGGACCCAAGCCCAUCCAACGAGACCUUUCCGGCGCCGGCGGGCUCGGCCUGACCGGUAACAACAGGCCAGCCACCAUCCCAAUCCACAGCACAACCCCCAUCCCCGUCCCCAAGAUCCCCGUCCACCGCGCUCCCAACGUCACCACCACCACACCCUUCCUCACUACAACCGGGACACCCCCAACCAACUUCACCACCGCCCAACCGACCUUCCGUCCUGCCGCCUUCCAACCACCAUUCUCGCCAGCACCACCGUCACCCGCAACAACAACACCAAAACCAUCCACGACCACAACCACAACAACAACACCAACCUCCAAAAUCGAAGUCCACCUCCCCGCACAGCCGUGCUUCGUCUGCCAGUACAUGCACCCGGACACAUGGGAGUGUCCCGAGAUGCAGUCGGAAGUGCAGCUGCGGCUGGCCAUGGACCGGCUGCGGCAGGCGAGGGCCAGGGCGGGCGGGGUGGUCAGUGGGGCGGCGGGGGGCGCGAUGCUGGCGAAGAGGUGGGCGUUUUUGAUGGGGAAGUUGAGGGGGAUUAGUGGUGGUGGUGGGGGGUGGUGGGGGUGGGAAUGGGGGUGCGAGGGGGAGUGGUGGGAGGUAAUUGUGGGUGGGUGA